CGGGUCCAACCCACUACACUCGCAUCUUCCCUCCUCAAAACCUACUCCUCCAUCUUCCUCAUCUCUCUCUCUCUCUCUCUCUCCGGUUCGCUUUCGUAACCACUAAUCCGUGUGGACUCCUUUGUACAUUUGUCCACAGCAUCAACUAGUCUCAAUAAAAAUAACAACGGCAGCAACCGCCGCCGCUCCGAGAUAAAUUCCUAGAAAGGAGGGAGGGAGAUUGAGGGCCUCACGCAAUUCCACCAGGUCAACUCCAUUUCCAUUUGAUAGUUUCUGAUCUCUGAGAAAUUCUUUUUUGAGGUACGUGUAAUUGUUAGCGAAUCGGCAAAAAUUUGUGGAAAGCUUCAUUUAUUGGAAAUAAAUCUCGAAUACAAUUGGAGAUAUUUAGCCUUGUCUCUGUCUAUAAAUUAACAAAUUCCUGGAACAUUGAUUGAGUUACUGCCGAAUUCGAGCUAGUCUGACAGCGAGAAUGGAGGCCAAGGUUGCAACGAGUUUGCUACUCCCAUCGUGGAACGGCUUGGAGAAGAUGACAAAGGAACCAAGCUGUUCGGUGCGGUUUUCUCGAAAAUUCAGGGAACAAGACAAGCCUCAGGUGCUGAUAUCCCCUCAAUUGCAGCCUAAAACGAGGAUUUCAAAUCGGUACAGAACGGUAUCAUUGGAGGUUUCCUGUUCUUAUAAGAACUUUCCAGCUUCAAUUUUGGAAUCUGGAAGCUUUCAAGAUCCUUUUGAUGAAGCUCCAAUUUUGAAGAAAAAGUCACAGGAGAUCAAGACAUAUUUAAAUGGACGCUGUAUAUAUCUUGUUGGUAUGAUGGGCUCUGGGAAAACGACAGUGGGCAAGAUUUUGUCACAAGUACUUGGUUAUUCCUUUUUCGACAGUGACACGCUGGUGGAGGAUGAUUUUGAUGGAGCUUCUGUAGCUGAAAUAUUCAAGCUCUAUGGAGAAGGCUUCUUCAGGGAAAAAGAGACUGCGGUUCUGCGAAAGCUGUCUCUAAGGCCUCAACUUGUUGUUUCUACUGGUGGAGGUGCAGUUACUCGGCCUAUCAACUGGAAAUAUAUGCAGAAGGGUAUAAGUCUCUGGUUGGAUGUUCCUUUGGAAGCAUUGGCCCGUAGAAUUGCAGCUGUAGGAACGGGUUCUCGCCCCCUUUUGCAUCAUGAUGCAGGUGAUGCAUACACAAAGACUUUCACGCGGCUGUCUACUCUUCUGGAAGAGAGGGGUGAAGCAUAUGCCAAUGCAAAUGCAAGGGUUUCCUUGGAAGAGAUUGCAGCUAAACUAGGACAUAGAGAUGUAUGCAAUCUCACUCCGGCUGAGAUUGCAAUUGAGGCACUCGAACAAAUUGACGGCUUUCUUAAGAAAGGGAAUGGCCAUUUUGCAUUCUAGUUCAACGAGCUUCCACGGAAUGCCUAUUUUAGUACCUCUAUUGUUUUUCUUUAUAUGUGGGUGCGGCAUGCCAUGUUUCUAUUUUUAGCAACGGAACAUGGCAUGUAUUGUGCGUCUAUAUGUAUGACUAGGGGGGGUAUGGCAUGCAAAGAUAAAAAAUGAAAUGAAUACCCUCGACGUUUUCACUGUAAUAUUAGAAAGGUGUCGCAGUGCAGUUGUAUAUGAUUGCUGAUAAAAUAUCACUCAAGAAUUUCUCUGUUAUUAUAUUUGUGGGAAAUUCCUU